ACACACUCUUAAUCACGCUCACACACACACUCUUACACACACACGCGCGCGCGCACGGGCACUCGUACACAUUUAACCAUCGACCGGAGCGUCUCCACCACCAGCGAGGCUCCGCCGCCGCCGCGUCUCCUCACAGCAGAUCAGUCUGGAAAGUUUCUGCUCAACACAGGACCGGAACGUUUCGCUUCAGGUUACACGAGCAGAUGAUCAGAAGCUUUUAGAGGAACUUUUUAAUCUCUUGAUCGAUUCAUCUGAGUAAAAUAAAGCGUCAUUUCCACAUGGAGCGGAUUACGAGCGCGCAGCCUCCUCCGUGUCUGGCCAAACAGAACCCGCUGGACAUGGCUGCCAUUCCUGGCCUGGAUUUUCCCAUGUACGUGUACAAACCAAGAAGAGGAAUAAAACGAGGCGAGGAAAGCAAGGACACCUACAAGCUCCCGCACCGCCUGAUCGAGAAGAAAAGACGCGACAGGAUCAAUGAGUGCAUCGCUCAGCUGAAGGACCUGCUGCCCGAAAACCUCAAACUGUCUACUCUCGGCCACUUGGAGAAGGCAGUGGUCCUGGAGCUGACGCUGAAGCACGUGAAAGCGCUCAACAGCCUGCUGGAACAGCAGCAGCAGCAAAUCAUCUCACUGCAAAACGGAAUACAAAUCGGAGAUUACAAGAACGAGAACACGGAGAGCAGUGAGGAGAUGUUCCGCUCUGGUUUCCACUUGUGCGCCAAGGAGGUUCUCCAGUAUGUGGCGAGACAGGAGAACGCCCAGGACCUGAGCCCAUCACACAUCAUCAACCAUCUGCACAGGGUGGCGUCCGAUUUGCUACAGCACCCCGUCGGCGUUCGGCCGGACUCGCCCCCCCUCGGACGCAAGGCCCCGGAGGUCCGGGAGAAACCCGCGGCGCAGCAGGUCCGGAUCCCGGAGGGUCGCACGAAAAACUGCGUCCCUGUGAUUCAGAGAACAUAUCCGCAGAGCAGCGAGCAGAGCGGCAGCGAUACAGACACCGACAGCGGCUACGGCGGAGAGCCGGACAAGGACAAGUGCGAGUCCAAAGCCCAGAGGCCGAGUUACUACGACAAAGAGGGCACCGAUUUGAAAUACGGCAUCAAGGAGGAGUGGGAUGAGCCUAACGCCAAGCGGCCAAGGACGGACUCUUCUGAAGACGAGUCUCACGCCGGGUACGCAAGCUUCUCUCCGCAUAACCCACCCACGCCUCUCUGUGUGCCGUUCUACGUCCUGCCACCGAUGGCGGCGGCUGCAGCCGCUUACCUUCCCGUCCUGGAGAAGUGCUGGUACCCAGGCAGCAUGCCCAUGCUGUACCCUGGAAUGGGGGGACCCACAGCAGUCCUGUCUCCUGAAAAACUUCCCCCAUCGCUGAUCAUGUCACACAGAGUAGUGUCCCCCGCCGGCCCUCAUACGCCCAUGGACUCACCUGCUCUCCACCAUGCCCUGAAACAUGUUCCCCCUUUAAAUCUGGAAACCAAAGACUGAACUGUGUAGAAUUCCUCUCCCCCCAUGCACACUUAGAUCCUCUGAACUUUAAACUCAAGAGUGGAGGAAACGCAAACGGGGGAAAGGAUGAUGAGCAGAGCUGUCCGGAUACCGCUGCCCUGCCCUUUCCCCAGUGCUAAUUACCACCACGAAAACAUGCGCCAGCCCAGCGCCCGACUCCCUACAUUACUGGCAUGAACAUACACGCGGGAGACAGACCGUGCAGCCGGGAAGCGCGCUGGCCACGCUGAGAUGGAGCGAACCGGCGAGGAAAGUCGGGGUGCAGCUUCUCGAGUCACUGUGAAAACGAUGAGCAAUGCUGAGUCUGGUUUGAGGAAGGACUGCGCCAGGGGGGCAUCUGCUCCCCCCGCACAUGAGCUGAAUGUUUUAAUGAUAUAUAUACUGUAUACAUUUAUAAACCCGUUUCCAAAAUGUGAUGUGCGGACAGUCUGUGAAAUAAAACAUAGACGCGGCCCUUUGCACACACACCUUUCUGUUCUGAAUGUAAAACACGAGCUCUAGACUAGAGAGGUUCCUGUAGAUGCUGCUUUUUUAAGGCUCCAUGAUGUCGAGCCUCUGUGACUGCUUUGAAAACAAAGACUGCUCUUCUAGCCUAGAAUGCUUCCAAAUAACGGUCUGCUUUACUUGACCAGAGCUUUUUACAUUAAACGACAGCCUCUCUCUUCCUGUCGAUCGGACUCCGGUUCUUCUCACGUACGUUUGCGGGGCCCUGAAACAGCUUAACCUGUAAAUAAGGGUGUAGUCACAGCCAGCUUUUAUUCCUAUAGAGAGAGAUCAUGAGUUUGUAAUUUAUUCUUGUUUGUGCGAGUAGACAGAUGCUUGUGAGGUAAAUAAAUACCUUGAGUAAAAGCUUAUCAUAUCUCUCAUUUUAAUACGUGACCCACUGCAUCGGCGGUUCGUGUCGAAUGCAGAUCAUGUACAUAGACAGAACUCUGGAGGUUGAAUCUAAUCCACCCGUGUCAUGUCCACUUCUGGUCAAAUUAAGACAGAUCUUUAUUCAUGCUGUUGCCUUGACUUGUUAAAAGCAGUAAAAUUAUAACGUGUAAUUAUUAUAAAUUCUGGAUUGUGUAGAAGAGCGAGAAGACGUGAAUGUACAAUGUUUAAACCAUAUACUAGUUUUGUAUAGCAAGAGGUACUUGGGAUUUUUAUUUUGGGACCUAACAGAAGGUUGUUUGUUGUAUAUAUUUUGUCAGGAAAUGAUAUUGACACACAUUUAAAAAGUAUUAAUAAAGAUAUUUUUUUCCUGUGGAGAA